CUCAGUUAUAAACACACGCGAUCGAUCCGUUAACACGUAUGAUAUAUUAUAGACGAUACUAAAUACAGAUAAGUGUCACUAUUCAGAGAGAAAUCGUCGGAAGUUGAAAAGUGAAUUAGGUUAAAAAAUUCGCUCGGGAGAGAGACAAUGGGGCGGAGGAAGCUCGAAAUAAAGCGGAUCGAAGAUAAGAGUAGCAGGCUAGUGACGUUUUCGAAGCGGAGAACGGGUUUAAUUAAGAAAGCACAACACCUUUCCGUGCUCUGCGACGUCGAUGUCGCUGUCAUCGUAUUCUCCGCCGCCGGCAAGCUGUAUGAAUUCUGCAGCAGCGGUACUAACAGUAACAGUACUGUGGAGUAUAUUCUUGCUAGGUACGAAGCAGAAGGCAGGACCAUGAAAGGAGAUAACCAAGAUUUAGAACUUCCAUUGCAGUGCACAAAAUUCAGAACAUGUAAAGAGCUUCUACAGACAGUGGACAGGCUUGUUGAAGAGAAUAAUAGGGAUGAGCUCUCUGUGAUUGAGAUGACACAACUAGAAGAAGAACUUGCUGCUGCUCUUAUGCAAACAAGGUCAAGAAAGACACAGUUGAUGAUGGAGUACCUAUCCACCCUCCAACAAGCGGAAAUGAAUUUAAUCAAAGAAAAGGAAGAAGUCAUAGAAAAGAUUGCAUCAGCGGAGCAUGUGUUUGGAGCAGGGGAUGAUGGGGGUGAAGGUCUGAACGAUCUUUUAGUUAACCAGAUGGAUUUGCCCCAACAUCAACAUGUGACUCUCCCUCUUUUUGUUACCUAAUCCGAUCCUCUUCCACCAACAAUCUCAAUUUCAAUUUCCUCAUAUAGGAAAUAUAAAUCCAAUAAUAAUAAUAAUAAUAAUAAUAAUAAUAAUCCAAUCAAGAUUCCAAAAUGUUUGCUAAUUGCUAAUAAGACUUACAAACCCGGAUUGUAUUUGUAUGAGUUUAUAUAAUGUCCUCUGUGUUUGUUUGUGUGA